UAGAAACAAAGUAAGAAAAAAAAGUUUCCGCUCUGAAAGUGUGUCACUGCGAGUGUAAAAGUGUGUGUCACAGUGUGGGAAAGUGUGUAAGAGUCACAGUGUGGGAAAGUGUGUGUGAAAGUGUCUUUCGGUUUAAAUAUCAGAAGAAGCUUCCUGUUUUACAGAAUGAUGGAAUUUGAGAAACAGUCAACACCAGAGAAGAUGGAAGCUGAAUGCAGUGAGGCCGCUUUUGCCCCACCUCCUUACCCCGCUGACACGGCCUUCAUGCAGCAGCCUCCUACUGGCAUGGCUCCUCACUACCCCUAUGGCCCCACAGUUUACCAAACGUACCCUCCAGUAGCCCCAGGCGGAGACUUUUCAGCUCCGGAGAUGAACACUCAGGCCUCAGCAGCAGAUGGACCAGGAAGUGGGUUUGGAGCACCGGUGUGUUCGGUGUCUGAGUUCGAUGAUAAAACUGUGCGAAGAGCCUUCAUCAGAAAGGUGUUUAGUGUGGUCACUGUGCAGCUGUUGGUCACCUUCUCCGUCGUGUGUGUGUUUACUUUCUCGGAGACAGUGAAGGAAGCGGUGCAAGAUAACCUCUGGAUCUACCUCAGUUCCUACAUCAUCUUUAUGGUGGUGGCACUGGCACUCACCUUCUCUUCAUCCCUCAGCCGCAAACACCCAUGGAACUUCAUCUCCCUAUCAGUAGUGACCCUCAGUUUGUCCUACAUGGUUGGCACUGUUGCAUCAUACCACAACACCACGGCUGUGAUUAUCGCGAUGGGAGCAACACUCGUUAUCUCAUUUAGCAUCAUCAUCUUCUCUGCUCAGACGCGUGUGGAGUUCACGUUGUGGAAUGGGGUUCUGAUUGUCCUGGCUGUGGAUCUGCUGAUGUUCGGGUUCUUCACGACGUUUUACUACUCGAACGCUCUGCAGGUUGUGUACGGGUGUCUCGGAGCUCUGGUCUACUCACUGUUCCUGGCUAUCGACUGUCAGCUGGUGAUGGGGAGAGAGAAAUACAGCCUGAAUCCUGAGGAGUACAUCUUCGCUGCUUUAAUCAUCUACCUGGACAUCAUCAUCAUCUUCCUUUACAUCCUCAUGCUCCUCGGAGGAAGCUCAAAAAGCUAAACAGUUCCUCUUCCUCCCCUAAUAAUCAUCAUCAUCACCUUUAAUCAGGAGACCAUGAACAGUAAAGCUGGAGAUACAGGAGCCUUUGUUAGCAUCAUCACAGUGCUGUUUCUUAUUCCAGAAUCUCUCCAAAAUAUUAAUAAACCCACAGAAAGACCGA